GGAGGGGGGGCAUCACCAGCCCUCUCCCCCUCCUCCUCCUCCCCAGAUGAUGUGAAGGCUGCCGGGCUGCGUUUCUGUUUGUUCCCUCUCAGCCACAAACGUGCCGAGCGCACCGAUCCGCUCCGAGCCAAACCAAGCCGAGCCGAGCCACGGCGUGCGUCUGCGCCCCCUGAACGCACCCCCCGCCUUCACCACUACAACCACCACCACCACCACCACUACUACUACCCCACCCCUCGCCUUCACCGUCUCCCACCGCCGUUCAGUGGCAAUGGAGCCGUGAGCAGCCUUCCUUCAGUGAGCGUCAGCGUGUGAACCAGCGGCGGAUCCGAGGACACAGCUGAGACCAGGCGGCUAUGGAGGAGCAGCGCAGGAAGGCUGGAGUCUAAAAACUGCUCGCAACAAACAAAACCCCUCCAGCACUUGUCCGGAUUACUUUUUGGCCGUCUGAACUCUUCCCACCACAGUUAGUCAGCAGGGAUUCUCUGUAUUUUUCUCAUCAUCUUAGGCUGUAUCGUUGCGCGGCGAGGAUGCAGGGGAAGGAGGCGAGCUUCUGCACGGGAUGCUGGAGACUAACGCUGCUGUCGUGCGUCCUGGCUCUGCACUUGAUCCCGGUGCCGGUCCACGGAAACGUGGUCGGGACCAAUGCCACUGAGCCGGAAAUCACGGCCAAUGUCACCUCCCUGCUCAACGAGGAGGAAGGUCCAGUCAAGGUUAACGAGGUGAGCAUUUCAGUCAGUCCCAUCAGCGCCGUGACCCCGAGGGCAGGCCGGAUCCCUCGUGCCGGCCCAGAAGAGGAGCAGAGCAGCGGCAUGUUCGGUGAGACGGUGGUUCCGACGGUGGAGGAAGUUGUCAUGCCAGCACCGUCCCAGCUCAUCCCUGAUUCUGCUGAGAAGGAGGACCUGCUGCCUGGCAGCCCACGCGGACCGGAGGUCAUGGAGGGCGAGGAGGAGGAAGAGGAGGAGGAGGAACGUCUGCCACACACCGACCCGCCUUGGAUUCACGACAAGGACACAGCCGUGUUUGACUUGGAUCGCCUUUUCACCACCACCGCCCCGCCCUCGACCGCCUCCAACCCUUCCAACCCCGACGUGGUCCGCGUGAACUUCUUCGACCCUUCCUCUCGUGGGCGCAACCUCGACCUGGCCCCACCCUCUCCCUCAUCACUGGCUCAUGAGUUGCAGGGCGGUGACCCCACUUCCUGGGCGAUGCCGGACAACUACGACUACCUCACACCCUACGAGGAUGGCGUGUCCCCGACUGCUGAUGAGUACACCUACAGCACCACCACUGACGCCUACGAGAGCGACGAAGACCUCCGGCUCCGCUCCAGGCCCCGGGGCCCAGGGUCCGGCUCCUUCAUCCCUGGGGGGGCAAUUCCUGGCGCAGGAGCUCCAGUACCAAACGUUCCUGCAGCGGCUCCUCCCGCGGCGGUAGACGGGUCAGACGGGAUGGGUGGAUGCCGCGUGGGCUACCAGAUGGUGAACGGAAGUUGCCGCUCACCCUGCGACACGCUGCCAAACUACUGCUUCAACGGGGGACAGUGUUACCUGCUGGAGGGCAUGGGAGUCUUCUGCAGAUGUAACGUCCAGGAUUACAUCUGGCACAAGGGCGCUCGCUGCGAGUCGGUGGUAACCGAGUUCCAGGUGAUGUGUCUGGCCGUGGGCGCCUCGGCUCUGGUGGUCCUGCUGCUCUUCAUGAUCAUCGUCUGUUUUGCCAAGAAGCUCCACGUGCUCAAGACGGAGAACAAGAAGCUGCGUAAACGCAGCAGUAAGUACCGGCCUACAUCGGAGCAGCACAAUGAUAAUUUCUCGCUGUCCACCAUCGCUGAGGGCUCCCACCCAAAUGUAAGGAAACUGUGCGACACCCCUCCUAACGUCCCUCAUGCCCGUGCAUUGGCUUACUAUGAUAACAUUAUCUGUCAGGACGAUCCUAAUUCCCAGAACAAGCUGGAGGACCCGGUGAAGGCCCCGACCAAGGAGGACGACUCCCUCAACAUCCACAACUCUCUGACCCCCAAACACGAGAACCACAAGGUCCUGGGCGAGGAGAACUCCUCGGAGGUAAACUCACUGCAGAACAACAUGAUGUGAAAACAAAACAAAAACAAAACAACCCCAGCAACCUGACAACACGACACUGAAAACGACAAAGGUGCGCCGGCAACGGGAGUCCCCCCCCAAACCCCUCCCUGCUGUCCGCCCGCCCGCUGCCGAGUGCGCCUAACCGGUCAACCAGUCAACCAACAAUCCAACCGACCAGCCUGUCAACGUACCAGCCAAUCAACCUGCAACUGUCUCCGACACGGCAACACUGCCACCAAGCGGCCCGGGCCGCUGCAAAAAAUCGUACACCACCACUACCACCGCUGCCGCCACUCCACCCCAGCUGAGAGUAACCCCUCCCCCCUCCACCAGCCGCACCCCGCCGCCGCCUUGCACCCCGCCCCCCCCAACAUCCACACACGCCCCUGUUUCGCAGCCCCGCCCCCCUUGUUGCUGUCACUCUACUCUCCCUUAUCUCUCUUACCUGCACACACACACACACACACACACACACACACACACGAAGCAUACACAUUGAAAAGAUGAAAACAUAAACACGCUUAUAUGUAAACACACACACACCUUCCCCUGCCUGCAUUGGUGUAUUUUGUAAAAAGAAAGAAAUCAUACAGAAGUUUAAAACGUACGUAAAACGUCAUUGUAAAAAAAAUAAUAAUAAUGAUAAUUAAGAUAAAGCUACUGAGAGGUUUUGAUGUUUGUCUGACUAAUCCAGUGAGUAUGUAUAAAUAUUGGAAAAAAAAAAAUUUGCUUGGAUUGAUUAUAAAAAGAAGCAACACAAUGUGUCUUGGUUUUCAUUGAUGUGAUUUCUAAUCCUUUGAUGUACUUGUUUUUUUGUUUUUUUUUGUACUUUUUUGGGACUUCGAACAGAGAAUAAACAAAACAAGAUUCAGACAGUUGUUGAAAUAAACCUUUUUAACAUGA